UUCCCCUUUCCCUUUCCCUUUGUCUUCUUCCUCCUUCUGCCACACAUUUUGUCCACUUUAUGGCCAUUGCGUAUUAGUUCUUCUGCUUCUCAGAAGAAGAAGGUCUUUCUCCCCAAUUUGAUGAGGUUGUAGUGUUGGUGGGUGAUGGAGGGAGUGGAAAUGGAGCUUGAGCGGCGUACUAAGUUUCUAAAUGGCCUUAUUUUGAAGAAGAAGGCGGUGGAGCAGCAAGACCAGCCCCAUCCUCCUCUUAAUGUUCGCGUCAGAGCCUCCGAUAUGUCAUUUCCCUUGCAGAAUCGCGCUUUUACCUCCGCUCGUCAACUCCUCGAUUCCAUGCCUGCCAAGCUCGAUACCAAACGCCUCGCUCUCGCCCUUAAAAAGGAAUUCGAUUCCUCCUAUGGUCCUGCCUGGCAUUGCAUUGUGGGAACUUGCUUUGGCUCCUAUGUAACACAUUCUCUAGGUGGCUUCUUGUAUUUUUCAAUAGAUAAAGUUUACAUCCUUCUCUUCAAAACGUCAGUCGAGCCCCUGACGCGUGCAACCUCGUUAAAAGAUUGAGUUCCUCAAUUCUAAAUGAGGAUUGAACAGCUGCUGAAGUCAUGAGCAAGAACAACCAGGUUCAGUCUACUAUUCUUUUUGGUUGUAUCAUUGACUUUUAUCUUCUUUAAAAAACAGAGUGUGCAGGUGAUGUGAGUUAUUAUGAAAUUUUGUAAUGUGCAGUCCAACAUGAAGGAUUCCUGAUGUUAUAAGAUUUUAUGUUUAUGUUAACUUCUUUGUUUGAGGUAGUAAAUAAAAAGCUUUGCUACAAUUCUCAGUU